UACUGCCGCUUUGCCAAUGGGGUCAAUGGCACGCGACAGCGCCUAAGUAGACAUGUAGUGCGCUGCUACACACGCAUACACACCUACACACCUAUAUGCACCACACAGCCGGACCGUUGCCGAUCCCAUGUCGCUCCGCCACAUCGUGAUCCCCUCGUGGCCGCACCACACUCCGCCGAAGUUCCCCACAUUCGUCCUUGCUUCCCGCGUCCAGGCGAAGAUACAGCGGGACCUGCUGGACUGGAAGGUCGCCGCCACCCUGGCCGCUGGAGCUGAGCCGCCGUACACCCCGACGCCACCGCUCCCGACCGUUAUCUCCUUCACCCCCGAACCCACGUAUACCCAGGGCCGCCGCCAGGUUAAGGCUCCCAACACGGUCCAGUCCACACGCUUGCGCGCGCCUCUCCACGUAACCCCCCCUUCGGCCCCCUCCUACCUCGGCGACAGCACCGGCGGCAGCAGUGGGAAUGUUUUCCGUCCUAUCAUCGCGCGCACGCCGCGCGGCGGCCUGACGACGUACCACGGGCCGGGCCAGGUCGUCCUCUGGCCCGUGGUCGACUUGUGGUCCCCUUCUCACCCCCACUUCCUCGUCGGCGGUUACAUCAGCCUGCUGGAGGCCACCACUGCCGCCGUCCUGCGUAAGGUCUUUGGUCUGAACGCCUUCACCGACCCAGAACACCGAGGUGUGUGGGUCAACGGGUUGAACACGGACAUUCCGCCUCCGCCACCCUCCACCUCCUCGCCUGGCGUACCCACCGGAGCGGACCAAGGCGGCGACGGGGUGAGGAGCGAGAGCAGGAGUAAUAAAGAUGAAGUAGCGAUAUUACGUGAGAGCGAAUUAUAUAGUAAAGAAGCGUACAAGCGCGGGGAGGAGCCACGCAAGAUUGCGGCUGUCGGCGUACACCUUCGCCGCCAUAUCACCUGCUUCGGCACCGCGGUCAACCUCUCGGUGCCCGUCACCGGCCCCGAGGACAUAAAUCCCUGGGCGCGCUUCGUGCCGUGCGGCAUCACCGGCCGGCGCGUCACGAGCGUCGCCGCGCAGCUGCGAGACGUCGGCCUGCCGCCGCCGCCGCCGUCGCCGUCAUCGCCGUCGCCCUUGGAGUCGGAGGGGUUCGCGUCCGCGUGGGCGGCCGAGUUCGCCGACCGGCUGUACAACGACGCAACGGGCGGCAGGAGAGCGACCGCCGAUCCCCGGAUCACCGUUCGCACCACGGUGGAGCGGGUGGACUGGGAGCGGUGGAAGCAGGAGGAGAAUUUCGACGAAGACGGGGACGACACGUUCGGCUGGGAGGAGACCGAGCGGCGCUCGCAGCUGCCCUCUGGCCGGUGACGGGGCCGGCAAGGCGGGCGGGGACCCGGUGGCAGAGCGAGCCUGCGUGCACGUGAUGCUACGUGCGUCCCGCAGGCAAGGCGAGGAAGUCCUACCGCCGAGACUCUUACCAGAGCAUAGAGAUGAGAAAGACAGAGAGAGCGAGUGAGAGAGAGCGAGUGUGAGUGAGAGGGACUAGGUAAAUAGAGCGCA